GCUCCAGAGCCCGAGAUCAAGGCAAGCAACGACGAGGACGGUGCUGCAGUGUCUGAGACACCCGAAUCUCCUAGUACACCAACUCCACCAGAAACAGACGAAGUUUCGACCGGAGAAAAACCCGUGGAUCCCGCAGUGGCCAGCGAGAUGGAGUUUAUGACCACUGUCGCAAAAUUCAACUUUGUUGAUCUUGCGGGAUCGGAACGCGCCAAGCGCACUGGCGCGCAGGGCGCGCGUUUCCAUGAGGGCAUUGAGAUCAACGCGGGUCUUCUGGCACUUGGCAACGUGAUCAGCGCCCUGGGCGACCCCAAAAAUCGUGGUGGUCACAUUCCCUACCGAAGCCACAAGCUGACUCGAGUCCUCCAAGACUCGCUGGGCGGCAACAGCCGUACCCUUAUGCUCGCUUGCAUUUCACCUUCGGACGCCGACUUUGUCGAGACUUUAAAUACCCUCAAAUAUGCCAACCGAGCACGUAACAUCCAAAACAAGGUGGUCGUCAACCAAGAUGCCGCCUCACGCGAAAUCCAGUUUCUUCGCGAGACAAUCAACAAGUUGCAACUCGAGCUCAAUGAUUUUCGUGCAGGCCGCACCCCACUCAACCCGGACUCACAAGAAGCACAGGACCUGUACAAUGAGAACAACCUACUGCGCCAGCGCAUCCAGCAGCUACAGCAGCAAAUCAAACGCUUGGAGAGCGAGAAGAAUGCGUUGCUGCGCCGCCAAAGCGAAUUCUUGGCCGGCGCUGGUACUGAAACUGCCCUACUAGCUGACGCAGGUUCUGCACCUGCGAUCGAGGGUAGCCCCGUACCAGCCGAUGAGCUGGCUGAGCCCAAGACUCCCGAGCCACAAUCGGAGGGCGUGCCAGCCAUUACUUCCAGUGCCGAUGGUCAAGAGGCACCCGUGGCCAAAAGCCAAAACGCCGAGGAGAUUGCCAGGAUCUUGUCGGAGAACGCUGCUCUUCAAGCCCGCGUACAAGAGCUAGAAGCGGCUGCUCAGCGGGGUGGCGAUUCGGCCGAUGCUCUUGGCCCGCUGCGACCAGCAACGUCGGUGUCCUUUGCUGGCUGGGAGGAUGAGUUGCAUGGCGUCGAACAGAUGAUGGCGGCUGCACAAGACUUGGUGAAGCGGGUUGGCAGCGAUGCCGGGUCGAUAAAGCCGAGCAAAGCUCGGGGCAAGGCACCACGGGGCGACGACGACGGGCACCAAUCCUCGGGCGGCGAGGAUGUUGAUGAUGCUGAAGGUCUCGAGUCUCCUUCAACGCCGCGUCGCUGGGCGCGUAGCAAGUCAAGCAAGUCGAACAAAUCAAGCGACAGCAUGCCGGGCGAGGAUGAUGAUGACACUGCAGCAGACGUGGAGUUUGAUGGUGAUGCCCAGAACAUCAACGAAGACGGCGACGCUGACGGCGACGGCGACGAAGAGGACGGUGCUGAAAACGAAGAGGAUGAGGAUGGCACUCGCAAUGUUGACAUGGACGGCGAGGAGGCCGAUGAAGACCACGAUGACGACGACGACGACGUUCUUGACGGCGAUGAUGACAACGAGAAUGAUGUUGUUGACGAAGACGACGAUGACGAUGAUGAUGUUGAAGAUCUCGACGCACGUCCUGUAGCGCAAAGACGGGUCUCCAACAACUUGCACGCGCAGCUGGUCAAGCAAAUUUCGGAUCAGAUCAAGGCACAAGAAUCCCUUUUACUGCGCUUGACUACGACCAACCGUGAGCUUGAAUCACAACGCGUCUUGUAUGAGCGACGACUGGCCCUCGUCGAGGACGAGAAGCAGAAGAUUGCGGCGGAUCGUGAUCGCUUGCGUUCCGCAUUGGCGGAAAUCAGCGGUCAAAAAACCUCUCAUGCGGACCAAAUUCGCCGGGAGUAUCAACGCCAGCUAGCCGAGCUGCAAUCUCGUGCCCAGCGCAUCGAGAAAGACAAGCUCGAGCAGCAACGUUUGGAGCAGAGUCGCAAUCGGGCUGCAGCGCAGAUCGACUCCCUGCGUACCAGCAUUCAGACUGCCAAGCGUCAGCGCAAGGAAAUGAUCGAGCAAGCGCAGCAAGAAAUGCGUCGUAACCGCGAGCAGGCUCGCGAGCAUGAGCGUGAGAUCAACCGCCUUCGUCGCGAGAAUGCCAAGACCAAGACCGAAGCCAGCCGCUUGGAACGUUUGGUUACCAACAAAGACAUUGCCCAUGCACGUGCCCUUGAGGAGAACAAGCGCCUCAAGGCUCGCCUGCGCGACAAUCAACCUGCCUCCCGCACCAAGCAGAGCCAGUCUUCACCGUGGCGCAACGUCAAGCGCAACGCAACCAAGCAGGUGACCAAAGACCCUGUGCGCGUCAAGCGAAAGAGUGACAAACUACACAUGGAAGUCAAACGUGCGGUGCAUUAUCAAAUGACGAAACGCCGCAUUGAGAGCUUGGUGGCCAAACGUGAGCAAGAGCUCAUGACGGAGCGCAAAGAGUAUCAAGCACGCAAACAGGAGCUGGAAAGUGCUGGUGUCACCCCGGAUGACCCUCGGAUGCAUGACAUCAACGAAGAGCUUGAACGCAUCGAGAUGGAGGUGGACUACACCACCGACAUGCUCAAGGAUGAGCAGACAGAGUUGCUGACGCUUGAGGCCGCCGGCAUUCGUGGGUGCUCGGAUGUGGAUGAGAUCUCCGAGCAGGGCGCGAAACUGAUGAGCGAUACCACACCCUGGGAGAGCCGUGAGUUGCUGAAGCAAUUUUUCACCAUGCUGGUGCUCAAUCAAAUGGCCUCGGAACGCACUCGGCAGCGUGUCAAGGAACUUGAGCUUGAGACCGAGCAUAAGGAUGCCAUCUUGCAGAGCCUGGCUGUUUCCAGCAUGGCCGGAGGCCGUGUGACUGAAUUGGCCAGCGAUGAGGAGAGCAAAGCUACGGAACGUCCUCGUGCCACAACGGCACAGUCAGCACUGGCGCGUAACAACGUAGGGUCAGCUGCCGUCUCGACGGGGUUGCAAGCCGAAUCCUCGCCAUCAGUCACGACACCUGGUCCAAGCUCGCUCAACUCUAGCGCGGGGGCUGAGACGAGCACGCCCCAAAGUUCUGGCACGCCGCAGAGCACUCCGACGAGUGCCGAUCAGGAUGGGCUUUCUGAUUCGGCCAAGAAGCGCCGCAUUCCACGCUUCACCUUUAGGCGUCGCACAGCCUCUAGUGCAGCGUCAAUUGCGCCAGGAACACCAGAAACCAAGCCAUCAGACUUUUCCUCCAGCCUGCGCGGAAAUAAGCCGGGGCGCAAGGUGGUUGAGGAGGUGGCAGAUGCCAUUGUUGCCGAGCGACGCAUACCGCGUCGUGCUCAGUGGCUGACGCCGGUGGCCACCAUCCAAGGACAUAGUGAUGAGGUUUUGUGCGUGGCUGCCCUCGAUACCGUCGUUGUGACAGGCUCCAAGGAUCGCACCAUGCGCAUCUGGGACUUGAACGCCGGCAAAUUGGUGAAGAACUGCGGCAAGCACGAACACUAUGUGCAAGCUGUGGCCCACAUCCCCUCACAGAUGUUUUCCGCCUCCAAUAACGUGGUGCGCAUCUGGGAUGCGCGCACAGCGCACUCGGUCAACCGCUUCAGCAUGCGCAAGCGCUCAGCAAUUUCAGCCAUGCAAGUGUCUUCCGAUGGUUCCUUGCUCUACGUUGCAGCCGACAAGUAUCUACGCAUCUGGGAUCUGCGCAUGAGCUCGGAGCUGGACGUCAUUACGUUCCGUGGCAAGGUUGAUGCCCUGGCGCUGAGCCCAACUGGUAGCUCGUUGGCCCUGAGCUGUCUCGAUCACAAAGUCCGCAUCUUUGACACACACGAUCCCUUCAAUCAAAAGCCGCAAUUUCAGGUGCUGGAACCACCACAUUAUUCUCGACUGCAGGCUUUGAGCUUUUGUGGGCCUCGAGUUUUGUACAGCGGCUCACAUGAUUGCAGUAUCAAAAAGUGGGGCGUCAAGGGCGAUCAGUGGUAUCACCAGCGCGCCACCACCGGGGCUUUUAUUGGCAAGAACAGCGAGUCGAUUGCCGUGUCGGCUUUGACGAGCCUGCCCCAUAUGGGGGCCAUCGUGUCUGGCUCGGCCAAGGGUGGAAUCAAGAUGUGGGACGUCACCACGGGUGCAAUGUUGGAGGAGCACAAUAUGCACUCGGACGCCAUCCAUGGUCUGGCCGCAACUAACCAGCACGUUCUUUCGGCCUCGGCUGAUAAAACUGUCAAGGUUUGGGCGUACACCGAUGCGCGUGCGGCCAACGAGCAAGCAGCGCAAGCAGUGACCAAUCAGCCGGUGAUGGACAUGCGCAAUUCACCUACUUUCUCACGCGGUAACACCGUGGUAUUGUCGUCGGAAGACGUGGGGCUGUUGCAUACAGUUCCAUCGGCACGAUCGCUGGCACGGGGCAUGGAGGAUGACGACUACUCCUCGGACGAUUCGAAUCGUACCUACAGUGUGGAUGACGAACAGGACCGAGCUGCGCGCAUGGAUGCGCUGGCGCCCAUGCGACUGAUGACGGGUCACAGCCGGGAGCACCGGUAUGCGCCCGACGAGCAGGCCAAGAGCGUGUCACCUGAUCCAACUGCGGGUCGACUGCGGCUCUCUGUGCACGAAUCUUCCUUGUACAAUCGCGGCUCGCGGCCAGGAAGUGCUCGCCGCAGUGAAGACGGACGUGACAAUCGCUUCCGUGCAUACAACACUGACACCGGGCCUCGGCGUUGGGAAGACGAGGCCGAGUACGGCCAGUCACCAAUCCGACGCAGUGGCUCAGUACGAAGCCAGAGUCGCCUCCAGUCUUAUGGCACCAAUACCAGCACUGCCACAACGCACUACGAGCUGAGCUUGUAG